AUGGACAUAGUGACCAGAUGGAACAGCACCCUGGAUAUGCUAGAAAGAAUGUGUAUCCUUCAGGAGCCUCUAGAAGCGGCCCUUGGACUCCUACACAAUCCAGUUGCAAAUCUGUCAGAAAGUGACUGGCAGGCUCUUCCAGAUGUAAUUAAAAUUUUAAGACCAUUUAAGCAGCUAACCGAAGAAAUGUCGUCUGAAAAUAAGGUUACUGUUUCAAUGGUCUUAGCUGCGACUGAAAGUGUAAUUAGCAUGUUCAAAAAUUGUUAUAGAAACCCAAUAUUAUCUAAAGCAGCACUAUUAGACCCGCGGUUUAAGAAGUUGGCAUUCAGACUAGCUGAUGAAUCAAAUUAUGAGUGUGCUAAAACUCUGCUGAAAACUGAACUUGAAAAAUAUUUUAAUGUUGACAAACAGCAGACAGUGCAAUCAAAUAAAGUCACGCCAGCAAUAUUCACUGACACUAACGAGGACUCAAUAUGGAAAGACUUUGAUGCAAGAGUGACAUCAAACUCCGUCUCAAACUCAACUGUAUCCAGCAUCGUCACUAUGAGGCAAUAUUUUGAGGAACGCAUUCUUUCUAGGAAUGAGUGCCCAUUAAAAUGGUGGCAGGCGCGGGCAUUACUCUACCCCGAACUUUCAAUUUUAGCAGAGAAAUAUUUAUCGAUCAUGGCUACCUCGGGACCAUCCGAAAGAACGUUUUCGAAAUCGGGGCAAAUACAAAGUGAAAAACGUUGUUCCAUUCAACCAAAACGAAUGGAAAAAGUUUUAUUUUUAAACAUGAACAAAAGAUUACUUCGCUAA